AUGGAUCAACAUCACAGCGACGUUGUUAACGAGAUCUCGCCUUUCUCAACCCAAAGCAGUGCCAGACUGAAGCGGCGCAGUCUUCUUCCACAACCUGGAACAGCGAAAAGCAUCCAUCGCUCAGUGACACUCUCAGAAGCGCCCAGAGAUCGUGUGAACGACAGUCAGCCCAGUAUGAGUGCAGAUGAAUUACCGAAGCCAGCUACUUCGAUACCUUUGGCUCGAGGCACCUCGGUUACCGGCUCAAGGUUGGGACGACUUCGACCACGUUCGACAUAUCAGACAGGAUCUGCCCCAGCAGACAAACGUACUGAGCCUGAGAAACCGACAGCAUCACAAUCUAUGCGACCACCAAGCCUGCUAAGCAAGCCUUCAGCAACACCGUCACUAGGUUUUGGGCGAACCCAGUCCUUGCGCAGACCAGCUGCUGUAGCACAGUCUGAUCUAUCAGCGUCUAAUAUGAGUCACUCGCGUACUCAGUCUACCAGCACCGUGCCACUCGCUCGAAGCAACACGACAAAACCCAGAAUCACCGCGGAAAGACCAAAAUCCGUGCAUAUUCCUUCGGGUACCAUCGCUCAGGCCAACAGCAACUCGAUACAGCCAGAAUCUGCGAUUACGAGGACAUCCACACGUCUUGCUGGCAUGGGCCGGUCAGCAAGUGUGAGGACAAGACCAGAUGGAGCGAGUGGUGAGUCUGGCCCUCCGCAGGCAAAAGCCAAAGAACCAGUAAAGGAAGAACCCAAGAAAGCGGCUCGCCCGGCAUUCAGCACUUUGCAGCAACACUUCACACCACGCAAGGCAAGCAAAGCACCGACUGCGACAUUCCUCCAUCCGGCCCCAGUCGCGACAAGUAACAGCCUGCCGCCUGAGCUAGUCAACCUACAAAUGGAUCUUCUCCAGCUACACCUGCUACACGAGAGCGCUGCAGAGAUUAGCAGGCAUUGGGAGAUGAGCGUCAAGCGUGGGCUGCGUCGAAAGUUUGACGAGGUCGCCAGCAUGUACCAGGUCAUGCUGGAGCAUGAGCGCUCUGGUCAAGAGCAGAAGAACCUCCAAGCUCUUCUCGAAUGGACUGGAGACAAGACAUCUGCCAGCUUGGUCGAACAUAUCCAAGUGCUUUCAGGGCCACUUCAUAAACUUCCGUCCUUAGUUCAGACAGGCGGUCGAUUCCAGCGCCAUGUAGGUGCUUUCGAACAGUGGGUGUCCUGGGUGGAGGAGGUUCGAGCAGCACGUCAAAGACGAUAUGAAGGUGGCUUGAGAUCGAUCGAAGGCCUUGGAGAUGCGUGGAAGGCAGAGAAUGCCGCGCUUAUGCGCAUAUUGACCUCGUUUGCACGCGAAUUGAGUGGUCUGUCUCAACCUACUGCAGGGUCAACUAUCGCAUCUAUCGUUGGUUGCUGCGAGAGUUUGCUGGAUGGGCUUUUGGAGGAGCUUCGAGUCAUACGGACAAUCGAGGCAGAUGUAGUGUCGAAAGAGAAAAAGUGGGUGGAGACGCGCCUGCAAGGUAUUGCAGCAGACAUUGGCUCCUUUCUGGUUGACGAUGCUCCAGCCUGGCGGAUAUGA